GCCCCAUCCACCUUCACUAACUGCCUUCCACUGGUCGGCAUCACGCUGCUGACAGUAUUGUUCGACUCACACCACGAUGGCCACUCUUGAGCAUGCAGGAUACGUCCCUGUUGAUUUAGGAUACGGCGCUCCUUCUGCAUCGUACCCCACCGCCCCUCCGGAUGGUGACUCGAUGGACGGGGACCGUGAUAUGGAUAUGGCAACAGCUAUGGACGGACUUGACAUCGAGGAGCCUAUGGUUGCAUCUUCAGCAUAUGCUGCUAGCUCAACAGGACCAGUCCCCAUGAAUCCCGAGAACGGGCUACCGAGGAAGAUGCUUGACCUUGUUUUUAUACAAGAUGCUACAGGAUCUCAAGGGUCAUAUAUAUCGCAUGCGACAGAGAAUAUCGAGGAGAUUUGCAACACCAUUGCCAACACCGGCAAACUGGUACGACCAGAGGACCUUCGGCUGGGGCUCAUCGCCUUCCGAGACCACCCUCCGCAGGACAACACAUUCAUUACUAAGAAGUUCCCCUUCACGAGCGAUGUUGCGGAGAUGAAGGCGAAUUUGAAGACUCUGUAUGCCAGCGGUGGAGGCGAUGGUCCUGAGGCAGUGACCGCUGCGCUCUACGACGCCCUUAACAUGGACUGGAGACCAGAGGCGAGGAGGAUGGUCGUCCUGAUUGCUGACGCCCCUCCACAUGGCCUUGGAGAAUACGGCGAUGGAUUUGACAGCGGCUCACCGGAUGGUCAUGAUCCCAUCCAGAUAGUACGGGAAAUGGCAACUAGGGGGAUCACACUGUUCUUUGUUGCUUGCGAACCUGCCCUGAGCGGAUACCUUUAUGCUAACGAAUUCUACCAUGCCAUGACGUCCCUCACCGGUGGUACCGUUCUUCCUCUGACAACCUCCUCUCUGCUGUCCCAUGCGAUUAUUGGAAGCGUACUGGAGAACCUGGAUAUGGAAGAUCUGAUCCGGGAAGUUGGUCAGCAUGUUGCCAAUCGUGUCUUGGGUGGCGACGAUGUCGACGAUAUUGCCCGACAACUACACGAGCAUCUCAUGCUCCGGAAUGAGAACACCAAGAAGCUCAAGAUCGAGAGUAUAUAUCGGACUUCGGAAGAGUCCGCGCACAACAUUAAUGUGUGGCUGCAAGCAUCGGAUCUCGCAUCGGCGCGACCACUUUUGAAGAAGGUCACUGGCUCGCGGUUCACGGAUAAAUACCAGGCAUCAAAGUACAGCACCACCAAGGGUGGUAUAUACCACUACUCCUCAUCCGCCUCUUCAUUUUCUCCUUAUGCUCCUACCCUUCCACCACGCGGGGGCGUUAUUCCUACCGAACCCACGAUGGUCACCCCGCCCAUGACACCGAUCCGUGGCCCGACUUCCUCUCCUCCGUCCUCUAACAAGUUUGGCGAUUUCGCAGCGUUCUCUGCCCCAAAGACGACCUUGUCCACGAGUCCGUUUGGUGUCUCCGGAGGUAUAACGAGAAAAUCUUUCGAUAUGCGUGACGGUAGUGGCAUUGGCAGAGCACUCGACGACGACGACGAUGACGACGAUGACCGUGACCUCGGUAGGAAAGUUCCAGGAAUGUCUUUCGAAGAAGACUCUAUUUCGUAUGAUCAGGUUCGGAGGAUCGUAAUCGCGAGCACGUUCCGGGGGAUGCGCACUUGAUACCCUUCAUUGGCAUGCAACACUCAGUCUAACAUAAACUCAGUAAACUCAACAGCAACGAUCCAGUAUAACUAGCGACCCCAUUCUAUCUCUCCAUCCUUCAGCUUGCUCUCGUCUGUGAUACCCUUGCCCACGUCCCCGAUAGUGCAGUUCGGUUCAUGUCCCACGUCCUUUCUUUCUGUCCACCCGCGUCUUCUGACGUGGGGAUCAAUAUUCUAUGUACGUAUGCAAG